GGAUUCAUAGAAAAUAGCUGAAUCCUCAGAUAUGGUUCUGCCUUCGAUCCAUUUUGCUGUCAUACUUUACAUAGCCUCUGGAAAACACCACCCUUGUACCAGAGAACAAUAGUGAACAAGGUGACAAUAUCUUGAAUCAUUAUGAACAUAGUUUGAUCUUGUGUACCUCCCUGAAGGCAAUCUCUAGGGCUCUGGGGACAACACUUUUAGAGCAGAAGGGCUUGACUAUAUUGUGAGUCUCACUAAUAAGCAAUAAAAAAAAAAUGGACUCCAGAACGUUCAUUCAAUUAAUUCAUUCAACAAACAUUUAUUUGGCACAUAAUUAGAUGCCAGAAACUACUCUAGACACAAAAGGCAUAACGAACAAAACAGAAAAAUAAGUCCUUGCCUUCAUGAAGCUUCCUUUUCUUUAGGGAAGACUAGCCAGUGGAAAAAUAAAGUAGUAAAAUAUAUAAUAUAUAGGAGGGCAGUAAGUGAUAUGAAGAAAAACAGUGCAAAGAGGUAUAGGGAAUGUGGGAAGGAUUUGCAAAUUUCAAUUUAUGUACACGGAUUAAGAAGGCAGCAUUCAAGCAAAGACCUGAAGGACUGAAGGAGCCCUUUGGCUAUCCGAUGAAAGCUUUUCCAGGUAUUUAAAAAAUUAAUUCCUUAAUUUAUUUUAAAUUUUAUUCAUAUAUAUUCUUUAAUAAAUAUCUAUUGUAUCUGGCAGUAGCUGCAACUAUAAGAAGAUACAAAUAAGUUUUUAUUUAGUGCCUGUCACCUACCAGGCACUUUGCUAGUUACCAUACAUGAGGUUUGAUACCUUCACUAAGAUUUUUAAUUUAAGACAAAACAUGUACACACAAUUCCGGUAGCUACGGUGUAGUAGUUCUUAUGAGUAAUAGUUGGUUUGAAGUUGCACCACCAGAGGUCUGCAUGCACCUGAUCUACCUGAGGUUUAUGUCUCUCUUUGAAGAUGAACUGAGGUGCGAAGGGUACUUGUCAAUUUAACAGAGAGUAAGACAGGAAAUUAAUAUCCAAUCACACCUUUUUCAAAGCACUUCAGUUUACAAAGUGCCAUCACAAAUUAACUCCUUGAAUCUUCACAACAAUCCUAAGAAGCUGGUAUUAUUCUAAGAAGUAUUAUUGCCGCUGACUGGGAAACAAGCUCACAAGCCUACAUAAUAUAAAUCAGUUAUACAGUAGUUUGGACCUAAAAUUAAGGUAAUCUGCCUUCAAGCACAAGACUUUUCGCACUGCACUGCAGCUGUUGGGAGCAGCUGCUGAUAUGAAAAGGCACUAUGCUCCCCUGACCUGAGUUCUUUUCUAAGUAGCCAGACCACAGGGUGAGGGUUAAGCUAAGACCGGGGAAGAGGGAUAGCUUGCGAAGCGGCUGAAAUCACACCCGGCUCUUUCCUUCUGCGCUUGCGCAAGGGAGGGCCUAGCCUAGCAAAGACGCCUGGGACUUUGGGUUUGCGCAGGCGCAGAGCUACGUCCAAGCGGAACUGGGGCGUCCCGGGCUCCUGCAACCUGAACACCCGGUGUGAAAGGAAGGUGACAGCAGGGAGGCGGGGCUGGGUGCUGCUCCUGCCCCUCGCCGAGUUGAGAGAGGCGGACCGGGAGCGGAGCAGGGUCGGGAUGGAGCGUCAGGAUGGACGAGGACGUGCUGACCACCCUGAAGAUCCUCACCAUCGGCGAGAGUGGCGUGGGCAAACCCAGGUGAGGCGGGUCUGCGGCCGUGGCGAGGGCGGCGGGACUCUUUCUGCUUGGGUCGCUGCUGUCUGCUGCGCCGCGGCAGGAACGGUAAACGGCGGCGGCCGGGCUGGGCUGCCUGGGCUCGCGCCUGCGGCCUUGCUCCCCGCACCCCCGCGCCCGCCGGGUCUGCGGCCUCCGCUAGUCCGGCUUCUGGGUCACUUCCCCUCCUGUACACUCAGAACAAAGCAAUUCCGAUGGCGCCACUCUGCUGGUGGGUGUGGGCCCGAGCCCGGCCGAGGCCGAGGCCUCGCGCGGCCCGUCCGGGAUCAGGCUGCCUGGCACCCGGUGAGUGGAGAGUUGUCAGUAAACCACGGUGGGAUUUCUGUUGGGCUUUCUCUGAGUACUUAGUGUUCCAUACAGGAAGUUUCGUGAUGCCCUAGGUCACAUUCCUGGCCUAUUUUGGUACACCCCACAGCCAGAUUUUUUUUUAAUGGGUCAGCUGUGAAAGAACUCAUCGGUAUUCUGACUAUUGAAUAUUUCACUUUAGGCUAAGAUGGUAGAGCAUACAUAAGCUGUGGCCUACUUCUGAAAAUCGAGUGUACUUGUUAUUUCUCAUUCUGCCACAUCACCUAGAGAUAAAACAACACAUGAAUGUGUGUUUUCUUUCUCGGCCCAUUCAUGGGGGAAAAUAAUAUUGGCUCUAGUUAGAGGUGAGUUGGAACAGUUCUCCAGGUGAAGUUAAAAUCCUUGCCAUCUGAUUAGGAGUAAGUUGUAUCCUAGGCAGCUUUGAUCUUUAUCCAAAUUCCAGGAGCUGUAAGCUAUUUCGUAUUUUAGCUAUACCUCCGGAUAAACUUAUCUUUCAAAUCACUUUGUAACGUUUUACUUUCUUAGAUAUUUGAGAAUUUGAAAUCUUUUUCUGUAAUACAUUCUGAACCUUUAUGUAUUUUUAAAGCAUGGACAAUACAUUUUCAUUCUCAUUUAAUGUACACAGUAUUAGAGUGAGGGAUUUGUACAUAAAAAGGAAUAAAUUAAUGAAAGGCUGUGGGCUAACAAAAUAGUAUGAUUUGUGUAUAUGUGUGUGUAUUAACUAACAGGCUGAAUAAUAUCAUUUUCAUGAUCUCCAUGUAUUGUAUCUGAGGAUUAAAAAGUUAGGUAAUAAAUAAACAUGGUCUUUAUAGGAAUUCCAUGGCCUUGUGACCUUUUUUCUUCUUGAGAUGUGACCCUCCUUUAAGUCAUAUGAAAUUACUGAUUGUGAAGUUAAGAAUGGUUGAAUGGGAGUUCCCGUCGUGGCGCAGUGGUUAACGAAUUCAACUAGGAACCAUGAGGUUGCGGGUUUGGUCCCUGCCCUUGCUCAGUGGGUUAAGAAUCCGGCGUUGCCGUGAGCUGUGGUGUAGGUUGCAGAUGCGGCUCGGAUCCCGCGUUGCUGUGGCUCUGGCGUAGGCCGGUGGCUACAGCUCCGAUUCAACCCCUAGCCUGGGAACCUCCAUAUGCCGCGGGAGCGGCCCAAGAAAUAGCAACAA